GAAGCUUCUAGUAGAAAGUUCCAAAAACAGCUUAGGACUUUUGGUCAACUAUGCUUGUAAUAACUCCAAUUCAGCAAAUUAAACCAAGAUAAUCUAAAAUAGCUGAAGGUCCCAAUCAAAUCCCUCAAUUCAAGAAUUGCUUAGAACCUAUUUGGAAAAAGUCCCACUUGGAGAAAAAGCUGGUAACUUUGGCCACUUCAGAUGAUUCACAAGCCAUAAUUAGAUAAAGGGUUGUGACAAUUUUGGAUUUCUACAAAUAGCUAAAGGGUCUUUUCAAAAUUUCAAUUCAAGAAUUGCUUACACCCUAUUUGCAGAAAGUCCCACUUGAAGAAAAAGCUUAUAACUUGGGUUACUUCAGAUGAUUCACAAGCCAUAAUUAGAUAAAGGGUUGUGAUUUUUUUUAUUUUUUUUUUGGAAUUGAAUCUAACUAUAUGGGUAAAGGAGGGGGUUGUAUACCAAGCAAGAAUAAGUUUCCUAUAACUGAAUCAGCCGAGAGACCAAUAAAUCAAGCUGAAGGAACUGAUGUAACAGGAUCAGAAGCAGAGGGGCUAAAAAAGUUGAGAAUUUUCAUUGUGUUUUAUUCAAUGUAUGGACAUAUUGAAAGCUUAGCAAGAAGGAUGAAAAAAGGGGUUGAUGGGAUUGAAGGUGUUGAAGGGGUUCUGUAUAAGGUUCCUGAAACCUUGACACCAGAUGUUUUGGAACAAAUGAAGGUCCCGCAAAGAGAUGGUGAGAUUCCAGUGAUAUCUGUGGAUGAGCUGGUGGAAGCUGACGGAUUCUUGUUUGGAUUUCCUACAAGAUAUGGAUGUAUGGCAGCUCAAAUGAAGGCAUUUUUUGACUCGACUGGAACAUUGUGGAGAGAACAGAAACUUGCUGGAUUGCCUGCAGGCUUCUUUGUGAGUACCGGUACACAAGGAGGUGGACAGGAGACCACUGCGUGGACAGCAAUCACUCAAUUAGCUCACCAUGGGAUGCUCUAUGUUCCAAUAGGAUACACAUUUGGAGCAGGGAUGUUUAGAAUGGAUUCAAUAAGAGGAGGUUCUCCAUAUGGAGCAGGAACCUUCUCUGGUGAUGGUAGUCGUGAACCUAGUGAACCAGAGUUGGCGCUGGCCGAGCACCAGGGCAAGUACAUGGCAAUGACAGUUAAAAGACUGGCUCACCCCUAUUCGUUGCCACCGGAUAAUGCCAGCUGCUGACGCUUUUAGAAACAGAAAAAUGUCCAAAUUUACUCCUCUACUGUUUGAAAUAUCUUAAUCUUAUCUUCCAUUAUACUUUGGGAUCAUUCAUACCCUUGUUGUUAGCAAAUCGUCUAGUAUUUGUCUUUGCCUUUAACAGAGCUCCGAAGUGAACCAGAUGACAUCCACAGGUCAAAGUACUUCAGGUGAAAGGUCCAGAUUUACCCCUCUAGUUUAAAAUUACCUUCCGUUGUACUUCAGGUUGAAGUUCCGUUAGGGUCAGAAACUGCAAGGGUGUGAAUGCCCCUCAAAGUAACGAAUAGUAAAACUAAGAUAUUUCACACAGUAGAGUUGUACCUUUACCCUUUCUGUGAACAAAUCACAUGUAAUUUUUGUUCAUUCCUUAUAAACACAUCCUAAACUCUAUGUAUCGAUAUCUGUGUGUCCUUAAAAGGUCAUGUUUUUUCAUA